AUGCGGCGUAAAGUGAAGCUAGGAGAUUCAUCCACUUCCACAUUUCGACAGGAUCAAAAGGAGUCAGGAAUUGCGCCACAACCAUCUCCAGCAUCCUCAACCAUUUGUAGAGUUCGUCAAGACUUGAGGGCUAUCCAACCAGAAAAAUACAAUCCUAAGAGAGUGGCAUUAGGAAUUUGUAAUCAUGCAGUGAGUCCGUACUUGUCUGAAAUGGAUAAGGAAAAGGUAAAUGUGGGUAAGGAAAAGGUGAAUAUGGGUAAAGAAAAGGUGAAGGCAUUAUGCACCACGAUCAAAAGGCUAAAAGAUGUGACUGUUGAAAGUUUGGUGGCAGAGAUUCAGAGAUUUGACCUGGAAAUUAGGAAAUGGUAUGACUACAGCAGGGAUAGUUUGCCUGAGGAAAUAUUGGCAUGGAAUUUCGCUAUGGAUGGUUGUUUUAUAUUGGAAUUUUUCAGAUUGUUAUACAGGAUUGAAGAUCCCAUUGUUGAGAGGGAGAUAAUGACUGAUAUUCUCAUGUUGGAAAAUCAGAUCCCUUUAUUUGUUUUGAAAAAAAUACUUGAACUGGAGUUUCAAACGCCUGAAAAAACAAUCUCUAAUUUUUGUGUGCUAACGUGUAUGCGGCCCCAGAUUGCAAUUCUUCCUUUUUCAAUGGAAAUUCUUCUAACAGAAGUUGAAGAAAAUAUGAAAGAAGACCCAAGCCAUUUGUUGCACUUGUUAAGCAAAAGCAUAGAGGCUUUCUUACGGCCCUCAAAUGUUCCUAUAGGUGACUGGAGGGAUUAUAUAUUUGCAGUUGUGGUCAUUGAACAAGAAUUUCCAAUCAGAUUCAAACCUAGCAGAGAUGGACAAGUACGAUUUAAAAAAGGAUGGUUUGGAUCAAGUACACUUUAUCUUCCUCAAAUCUAUAUUUCCGAAGAAACAGAACCACUUUUAUGGAACUUGAUGGCUUUUUCAAUUAAGUCAGAGAGCAACAUAAUUGCUCAUUUUAUAUUUUUUAUGAAUUGCAUAAUGAGUUUAAACAAUAAAACUAUUGCUCUGCUUAAGAAAAAGCAAAUUAUUAUUAGCAAAAAGAGUGAAGAAGAAUUGCAUGCAAUGUUCAGUGGGCUCACCAAAAGAAUAUGUGGCUGUGGCCCAUUUGAUAAUUUGGAGAGACAGUUAAGCAAAAUGAUCUUGACAAAUUUUGUGGCGUUUAACUACUGGUGUUGUCGAGGGUUUGCAGGGGUUCGCGCAGUUCUCAACGGGAGAGAACGCACGACUCCAGAGGGAGGUGCAGGGGCUGCCAAAAUAGAACUUUGGCAGAGCGCAGUCGCUGAAAACACAUGGCCAACAAAAAGGGAUAGCUCUGUCGGUGCGUUGCAGGGAUAUGGGGUUUUCAAGGAUCAGACGAAAUCCGUUAAUAAUCCACAUGCUUCGACAGUACUUUGA